AUGCGAAUUCGGACUGUUUUACGACCGGAACUGGUUAAUUCAGCUCAGGUCUCGGAGCUGAGGCAGCCCGACCUCAGACUCUUUGGUCGGUCCGACAGUCUGGGAUGCGAAGCUGUACCAAACACCUCUUAUGAGCUAGACGCUGAUUUGUCGGGCUCGGAAGUGAAGAGACGCUGGCUGACAUUGAUAGGCCUCGGACCAGGCAAGAACAGCCGUCUCGAGUGA